CGAUACUUUUCAUUCAUCGCAGGCACUAAUCGCCCGUGUAUGGCUGAAAUCCAAUUGCAGUGAGCGUAGAGAAUCCAAUAGGAAAAUAUCAAAAUAUUUUCGCGAAAGCACGGACUAUUAGCAGUGAAAUGCAGUGAAUUAAUGAAAUAAAAAUUACAUAUUUAACUGAUGAAACGCAAACGAUUGUUCGCGCUUUUGUGAAAAAGUAAAAUUCAUUUAUGCAAGCAUAAAGUUCAGAGUGUAUAGCGAUUAGAAAAUACCAUAUUUGGUCAGGGGAAGAAAAUUCACAAAUCGUGAAAAUACCUAUGCGGCUGGAAAAUACCAAUACACCAAAUUUAUUACUGUGCUCUACAAAUAAUAAACCGGUCAAAAAUAUGAGCAGUGUUUGAAGUUUGCAAACAAUAUUUGGAAGCAAAACAAAAAUCGUAAAAGUGCUAGUGUGUUUGAAAUCGAAAUAACUAUUUGAUAUAGAUAUUUUUGCGAAUUGUGUGUUUUUAUUUUGACGUGUAUUGUACGUGCAUUGUUUGUGUGUGAGUCAAUUACUCAAAAAUUGAAACAUCUUUUUCAUUUUGGCAGCGUGUCGUCGGCGCCAUAAUUGUGUUUGAAACCAAAUUUCCGUACAAAUUUAACUUCCAAAUUUCGUGUAUGAUAAAUGGAACUUUGCGAUUUCCUAACACAUAAAUAUACAUAUUUAUUUGCAUUUGUAGGAAAUUUAUCAUUAGCCUAGCAAUUGAACGCGCUUUUCCGACCGAGUUGGAAACGUUCACAAUUAAUAUAGCUAGCUGCUUGUACAACUGUUUGAACUGUGUCCGCAUUUUGGUUUAUACAAAUUCCUUCAUUCAUUCCGGCAAUCGGUAUUAACGCCAUCACAGCAAACAACUAUAAACGUACGUGUAUUUAGUUUCCGUGAUCGUGUCGUGAUUGCUCUAUUUGUAGCGAUUUGCUAUAGCGUACACCGUUUGCAUAUCGCCAGCAAAACAGUGACUAAUUGACAUUUAAUCACAUUGCAGUUUUGUUUUGUGCAAAUAAUUGCUGCAUUUCUAUUAGCCCAACCAAAGGCUUGUAUUAUCAACGCAAUACGCAUAUAUUUGGUAUUUAUAUAGUUCCUGCAGUGUUUUUAUUGUUAUCACACACGUUGUACCCGUCGUCAACGUCACAUUCACAAUAAUGGCUGACUUUGAUCUAAAUGUGGAUAGUUUGAUACAGCGGCUACUUGAGCCAUUUAAAAAGCAAAAAGAGGCUGAAGAGCAAGCGCAAAAAAUGCUCGUCGCACAGCAUAUGCUGCAACUGCAAAAGGAACAACAAAAAACUGAUGCACAAUCACCCAGCGAAGCGGAGGAUCUGCAGGAGCAGGAGCGUCGGCUGCUCGAACAGUUCGCUUUGUCGCCGCCAAGUGAGACGCUCAUCUCGGAGGAGGGCGAUCAAAUAACGGUACAUCAUCCGCGUGAGGAACCGAAGAAGUCGAAAUUGAAAUUGCGUGAUUUUUUCGUGGCCGAAUUUGUGCGCAGCUGUCGUGCCGGCAAAUCUGUACAGAUGUCCGAAGCCGAAGUACGCGGCCUCUGCUUGAAAUCACGUGAAAUUUUUCUACAACAACCCAUACUGCUGGAACUCGAAGCACCGUUAAUCAUAUGCGGCGACAUACACGGUCAAUACACAGAUUUAUUGCGUCUCUUCGAAUAUGGUGGCUUUCCGCCAGCCGCUAAUUAUUUAUUCCUUGGCGAUUAUGUAGAUCGAGGCAAACAAUCGUUGGAGACCAUCUGCCUGCUGUUGGCGUAUAAAAUCAAAUAUCCCGAGAAUUUCUUCUUGCUGCGCGGCAAUCACGAAUGCGCCAGUAUUAAUAGGAUUUAUGGCUUCUACGACGAGUGCAAACGCCGCUACAAUGUGAAAUUGUGGAAGACCUUUACAGACUGCUUCAAUUGCCUACCCGUUGCCGCUAUUAUUGAUGAGAAAAUCUUCUGUUGUCACGGUGGUCUGAGUCCCGAUUUACAGGGCAUGGAACAGAUACGUCGCCUUAUGCGUCCAACUGAUGUACCCGAUACCGGCCUUUUGUGCGAUUUACUGUGGAGUGAUCCGGACAAGGACGUGCAGGGUUGGGGUGAGAAUGAUCGUGGUGUGAGCUUCACAUUCGGUGUGGAUGUGGUGUCGAAGUUCUUGCAUCGACACGAGUUGGAUCUCAUUUGUCGAGCGCAUCAGGUUGUUGAAGAUGGCUAUGAAUUCUUUGCGCGCCGCCAACUGGUCACGCUCUUCUCAGCGCCAAACUACUGUGGUGAAUUCGAUAAUGCAGGCGGUAUGAUGACUGUGGAUGAUACGUUAAUGUGCUCGUUUCAGAUUCUCAAGCCGUCGGAGAAGAAAGCGAAAUACUUGUACAGCGGCAUGAAUUCAUCGCGACCCAAUACACCACAACGCAAUGCACCAUUAAUAGCAUCGAAUAAAAAGGGCAAAUAAUAUAUCCAUCCACUUCCAUUUCCUUAAAAAUUAAUUAAUUACUAUAUUAAAUUAAAAUUCGAGAAUAUUAAUGAAAAUGCAAAUAAACAACAACAACAAAAUAAACAAUGUAAUAGCAAAAACAAUAAGAAGAAAAAGCAAACGAAGCGCGCUAUCAGCAAGUAAGAGCGAAAAUUGAAAAUUAAAAUUGAAAAAAAUUAAAAAAAACAACAAAAAUAUACAAAAACUACAAAAAAAAAUAUAAAAAAUGAAGGAGUUAAACCAUGAGAUAUCAGCAAUUACAGCAACAAUAAUGCAAAAACAAUACACAGGUUACAAAGAAAAUGUGCAACAUAAUUUAGAUGAAAAAAAUAACAACAAAUACAAAAACAAAAAUAUAAAGCAACAACUUGCUAACGUUUACUCAGUAAGAUUUUAUUUAAAAGUAUAUUAAUCAUGCUUAUCAAAUGCCUAUACACCGUAACACACAAGUGUACACGGUCAACACAAACGAAAAUAUCUAUGUAUGUAUAUGUAACAGCUCUGUAUUUUUAUUCAUAUUAUAUUUGUAUGCUUUUAAUGAAGCCUAAGUAGUUUAAACAAUUCGAAAAUCCAAUUAUACAUUUAAAAAGAUUAAAGUUCAUGGCAAAUUGUUAUUGUUGCAGAAAAUUCAUUGUAAUUUAUGCCAAAGCAAAAAAGGUAAAGAAAAAAAAACGACAUUCAAAAUUCAUAAGUACAUGCAUACAAAUUUGUUAUAUAUAAAAGUGUAUAGUUGAAUGUGUGAAAAGCUGCGAGAAAUGUUCGAAGAUAAUGCGCUCUAAAUCCUGUUAACUACUGCGAAUUGUUUGUUGAAAAGUAGAAAGUAUAAUUAAUUUGAGUGCACUGUCAAAGCUAAAAACAAAAAAUUCGAAAUAACUGUAGAAAAUGCAUUUGGAAAAUAAAGUUUGUUGGUACAAAAUGUU